UAGCAGAAGAUUACACAAACUAGUUUCAGUAGCGACGCGUCGCCACAGAAGUGGAAAUACCAGUUCAUUUGAUUGACCGUUCCGCGAUUCGUUAACCGGUCAGUGUGGGGAAGUUUCGUGUCGUGGUUCGCGCACAGUGUAAAACUUGCCGCCGAACGACGGUGACGUUUGAUGGGUGUUUGAGAGUCGGACAGCCUUAUCAAGAAGUGGCUUUGCAAUUACGCAGUGCUAGUGCCGCCUGGAAGUCCAUCCCAAAACAAUGUCCAUCUGCAGGCUGCAAUGUGUGGUGCUAGUGUUGGUGCUAGGUUGGGGGGGCUGCAUCGCUCAAGGUCACCGGCUAGCCACCCGAAAGUGUCUAGAGUAUCAGAAUAUAGUGGUCAACAGACAGACGCUAAUACCGCUCACGAUUAAGCCGAAGCCGAUCCAGUUCGAGGUGUACAACUGUACCAACGUCGUCCAGCUGAUCGUCGGCGGGGAGCAAGCAAAGUACGGCGAGUUUCCGCAUCACGCUCUGCUGGGCUUUUCCAAGGAGAACGGAAACCAAUGGGAUUACGAUUUCCGUUGUGGUGGUACGCUCAUCAGCGAUCAGCACAUCCUGACCGCUGCUCACUGCUUCGCGUACGGUGAUCCGGUAAUUGUGCGGGUCGGCGAGUACGACACCGAGUUGGAAACAGACGACGAAUAUGACAGCGACAUUGCAAGCAUCCGUCGGCAUCCGAACUACUCGAACGUGCGCUCGUACGAUGACAUUGCACUGGUGAAGCUCAAGCACCCGAUCGUCCUAUCGAAGCACAUCCGGCCAGCCUGUCUGUGGGAGACGGAGGAGCGCAACAGUACGCGCUACAUUGCGACCGGGUUCGGGUAUAACGAAACGUACGGCACUACACUGUCCACCGUGAUGAUGAAGGUGAAUCUGGACGAGUUUCCGGUCAGCGAUUGUGAGCGCAAUUUUAAGGGUGAUCGUCGGUUCAAGCAGGGCGUUCGUGAUGGGCAGCUGUGCGUCGGUAGCAUCGUCGAGGGCCGCGAUACCUGCCAGGGUGAUUCGGGUGGACCGCUGCAGGUGGUGACCAACACAAAGUCCUGCUCAUACGGAGUUGUUGGCAUCACGUCGGUUGGGGGGGUUUGUGGCAUUGGCAAUGCGAAGGCGAUCUACACGAAGGUGUCACACUACAUAGACUGGAUAGAGGACAACGUGUGGGGUGCUAAUGCGAUGUUACUCAGAGCCUGUGCCGUCUGCGAGUGUUUAAUAGUGUCCAAGAUUAAAACAAUGUUCAUCUGGAGGGUGCAAUGUGUGGUGCUAGUGUUGGUGCUAGAUCGAUGGGGAUACAUCGCUGAAGGUCAACGGCUGACCACCCGAACAUGUGAAGAGUACCGAAAUAUAGUGGUCAACCAGUCGUCGUUGGUACCGCUCACAAUUAAUUCGAAACCGAUCCGGUUCGAGGUGUACAACUGUAGCAACGUCGUCCAGCUGAUCGUCGGCGGGGAGCAGGCAAAGUACGGCGAGUUUCCGCAUCACGCCAUACUAGGCUAUCCUAAGAAGGAUGGAGAGAAAGGUUACGAUUUUCUCUGCGGUGGUACGCUCAUCAGCAAUCAGCACAUCCUGACCGCUGCUCAUUGUUUCAAUGAAGGUGAUCCGGUAAUCGUGCGGGUCGGUGAGUACGAUACCAAGUCGGAAUCAAACGACGAAUAUGAUAGCGACAUUGCAAGCAUCCGGCGACAUCAGGACUACUUGAUCACACGCUCGUACCAUGAUAUUGCGCUGGUUAAGCUAAAGUACCCGAUCAUUCUAUCAAAACACAUCCGGCCAGCCUGUCUGUGGGAGACGGAGGAGCGCAACAGUACGCGCUACAUUGCUACCGGGUUCGGGUAUAACGAAACGUUCGGCACUACACUGUCCACCGUGAUGAUGAAGGUGAAUCUGGACGAGUUUCCGGUCAGUGAUUGUAAUCGCAGUUUUAAGGGCCAUCCAAAGUUUCGUCAGGGCGUUCGUGAUGGGCAGCUGUGCGUCGGUAGCAUCGUCGAGGGCCGCGAUACCUGCCAGGGCGAUUCGGGUGGACCGCUGCAGGUGGUUACCUACCCGAGGUCCUGCUCGUUCGCGGUGGUUGGUAUCACGUCGAUUGGAGGGGUUUGUGGCGGUCCCAAUGCGAAGGCGAUCUACACGAAGGUUUCACACUACAUAGACUGGAUAGAGGACAACGUGUGGGGUGCUAAUGCGAUGUGAGAGUGGUAAAUAAAAAUAUCACCACAAUACUUGUGAUAAAUUAUCACUAAAAAAGCUGGUUGUGAUAUACGGAUCACCGAAAACCGAGGAGAAUGGAUAAACCGUUGUGUCCUUUGCGCCAAUCAAUUUGCUACUGUUUAUUCACUUGUCAUUUUUAUUUACAUAGUUCAUUUGCUAGUUCAUUUCAUCCUAAUCCGUAACUGAUCUAAUUCAAUUGAAACAUUUCACCAUUUGACACAAUUCAUAAAAAUUUGCAAGUUCCAUUACAGUAGAACGUCGAUUAUCCGGGGGCGGAUUAACCGGCGGGCGGUUUAACCGUGCCCAUAAAUGUGA